AUGGUCACUAGUCGACUGUAUUUUGUAUUGUUUGUUUGCAUUUCGAGUGCAUUUACUUCUGGAUUAACAUUUGGAUUUUCAUCAGCAACUACACUUCAAAUUUAUUUCGACUCUACUUGGAUAGCAGUUUUUGCUGGUUUAUUAAAUGCAGGUGGAAUAAUUGGAUCUUUGUGGUCAACGUGGCUUAUUCGUCAUUAUGGACAUUGUCUUACAUUAUUGCUUUCUUAUGGUCUAUCUGUCAUAGGAUGGGUGUUACUGUAUUUUUCAUCGUCAGCUGUCUACGAACGAUAUUCACCAACUGUUCAAUUAGUAUUAGGACGUCUAAUAACUGGUUUAGGAUGUGGAUUAACUUUAACUACUAAUAUAAUUUAUAUCUAUGAGAUAAUUCCAUCGUCAUGGAAAGUAUUGAUGGGAUCAUUGUUUCAAGUUGGUAUAACAUGCGGAAUUGUUGCUGAUUAUGCACUUGCAAUUUUUUUAAACUGGGAUACUAUUUCUUUGGUUUUCGCUUUGGUUAUUUCAUUUGUUGCCGUUUUAACUUAUAUGUUACCCGAAUCUUCUGAAUGGUGCGUUAAAAUGGGUAAUUUGCAAUCAGCUGAAGCACCUCAUUAUUGGUUGCAUGGAAACGAGAUACCUUUUAAACAAAAUGGGAAUAAUUUAAUGAUCAAUGGAAAUGUUCCUCAUGAUAUAUCAGAUCUUAGCACAAAGUCAUACACUGGUUCUUUUCAUGUACUGAAUGAUUCAAAGUCUAAGCUUCGUACGAUUUUUAUAUUAAUAACAUUUCAACAAUUAACAGGGAUGAAUGCUAUAAUCUACUUUGCUGAAUCGGUUUGCCUAUUUGGUGGGCUAGUAUCAUAUCAAUGUGGAUUCAACACGGGAUUGUGUCUAUUUAUUUCUAGUAUUGUAUCAGUAUUUGUGGUUAGAAAAUUCUCCUGGAAAAAGCUACUACUAGUUGGUGCUGUAAUUCUGGCUUUAUCCCAUCUAUGGUUCUCACUAACGGUAUCACAAACUGAAACUCCAAUGUCUUCAAUGCAUCAAGUUUAUUUAAUUGUAUUGGUUAUAACUUUUACAUGUAGUUGGGGUCCAUUACCAUUAUUAAUAGCAUUAGAAUCAUUUCCAAUUAUUAAUCGAAAUUAUGUUAUUAAAUCAUCUUUAACAGUUGGUUGGACAGUUUGUUGUUUUGUUACAUUUAUAUUUGAACCAUUUAUAUUAUGGACAAGUGUAUCAGUUUUAUUCGGUAUAUUCUCAUUAUGUUGUUUAUUAUCUUGUGUUUAUGUUUAUUUUCAUAUUCCUGAUAUGAAAUCAAUGAACACCACCUAA